CUCUCUUUCUCUUCGACCAUAACCUCACAAUCACACCAGACCGUACAACAAUGCUCUCUGUUCCGUCGUCCACCUCGUUUCUCUCCCCUUCGAGCCUUUCACCGAGAUCUUCUCAACCGCCUUCUCCGACGUCCGUUAGGUUCGCCACCACACGCGCCUCCGCAGCUUCCACGUCUUACGCCUCUGCGGAGAGCGAGACGACGACAUCGUACCUGAACGCGCGACGAAACACGGCGGCGUCGCUCUACCAGAUCCUCGGCAUCCCUACCGCCGCAACUUGUCAGGAGAUCAAAGCGGCGUACCGGAAAUUGGCUAGGGUUUGCCAUCCGGACGUGGCGACGAUAGAUCGGAAGGAUUCUUCCGCCGAUGAGUUUAUGAAGAUCCACGCCGCUUACUCUACUCUAUCCGAUCCGACGAAACGCGCCGACUACGAUCGGAGGUUUCUGAGGCGUCAGAGUCCGCUCACCAUGGCGUCUGGAUUCAACGGUUACUCUCGCCGAAACUGGGAGACCGAUCAGUGCUGGUAACGAGUCGAUUCGGCCGAUUCCGAUUUCGAACUCAGCCGAUGAUUCGUGCUUCGAAUUAGGAAAAAAGAUUAAGACUAAAAACUCGAGAGUUUUACAGAGAAUCAGAAAUGAUUGAAGUAUGUACAUAUUAAGAGUGUUUUUAACACGCGCCAAGGAGGAGCGAUCGGAGCCGUUCAAUUUAAUCAAGAUCGAGAUCAAGAUCAUCAUCAUCCCUCGCCGGAGAUGGAAACUCCGUUGGUGUCGCCGUCAGUAUUACCGUUAAAGAAAAGAAAAUCGCGCGAAAAUGUCAAAAGGCUUAAAUUAUGCAUAAAUUCUAUGAUUAUGUCUCCUUGCGUAAUUACAGCAAAAAAAAUAUCUCUUCUUCAAUAUUAAAAAUACAAAUUAUUGUAUAAUUUUUACUUUUCGGCUCAGUUUUAAUUAACAAUAUUUAGCAAAUUGGGGCUCAGUAUUUUAAUGGGUUUCAAUUUUUAUGUGUAAUUCAAGUCCUUAACUUAUUAAGUUAUAAAAAAGACACUCAUUUAUGGCUUUUUA